AUGACGGGAAACUCAACCUCCUCUGACAGACUGGUCGCAAGCACCUCUCCGCAGUCUUACGGAGCAGUCCAAUCGUCGCCAUCGUCAGCGGACGCGACAGUGGUCGCAAAGAGAGGACGCAGACGGGCAAGCUCACUUCAAAGUCUCAGAUUAUUGUAUUUGGAGUUUGGGGCUGCCGACAGUGAUGCGGUCCCCAUCGCUCAAGAAAGUGUGCUUGCGGGGCUGGAAGAGGGCUCUGAUCUUGAAGAUGGCGCACAGAGCCAAUCAUCUACAGACCCGCUGUUGGCCAAAAGUGACAGUGUUGAUACGGCGAUCGAAUCAAAAGCCUUUGUCUACCUUAUUCUUCAGCAUACCUCAAGCGCGCUUGGAUCUGGCUGUUACCAAUUCGCGACGUUUAUCUUCCUGGUGACCACUUACAAGGACACAUUGGCACCCGCAAGCGUCAUUGGCUUGACGUCCAUGCUCUGUGGUCUCAUCUUCAGCCGAAGAAUAGGAGAACUGGUCGAUACUAUGCCAAGGGUGAAGUUUGUAAGAUCAGCAGUGGCGUAUCUCAAAUUCUCCCAAAUCGUCGUGUACGGUCUCUUCUUACUCAUGUUCGGACCAAUGACAGAUAUGGUGGGACCAGGAUACCGAUUCAUUGGUGAUCAUUCCCCCAUCGUCUAUACCUGGACAGUGCUUGUCUUGCUCGUCCUGUUUUCGAUCAUCAAUUAUCUAGCAAACGUCGGAAUCAACGUAUCCAUCGAGCGAGACUGGGUCAUGACGAUCAGUCAGGGUAAUUCUGAACGACUGACCAAGCUCAACAGCUGGAUGAACUCGGUAGAUAGUCUGUGCAAGACGGUGUCGGCUAUGAUUCUCGCCAUCCUGACAUGGUCUCUUGGAGAUAUUGGCGCAGCCGAAUUCCUCUUGUGCGCCUCGUUACUUUCAUGGAUCACCGAGUACUAUUGGCUUCAGGUCGUUCAUGAUGCUUUUCCCAUUCUCAAGAUCGACGAAGAUCUGAAGCGGAGGCAGAGGAAAGAGCAGGACGACACUGAAGUUCAUGCCAGCAAAAGCUUUCAGAAUCAAGGCUUGAAACGGGAAUGGGCGGCUUGGAGAGAAUUCCUCGGCAUGCCCGUUGCAUUGACGACGUUUUCCUUCGCCUUUACCUGGCUUACAACCCUUCACUUUGAUGCCGUCGGUGUGGCAUACUUCAAAAUGACAACCACGUAUUCCGACGGUUUCAUCGCAAUCAUGCGCGCUUUAAGCCUGUUGACGAGUCUCAUGGGACCGUUCAUCAACCUUCCACUGGAGCGGAAGGUAGGACCCAAGAAGACUGGACUAAUUGGCCUGACUUUCGGAAUCAUCUGCUUCAUUUUCACCGUCUACGGAUUCUUCCAUGACAGAGACACGAAAGCCACGCCGGCACAACGUCGAAUUUACUCUUCGUUCAUGUUCGGGGGUAUCAUUAUAGCUCGAGCCUUCCACGUAACCUUCGAUCUGGCUCAACUCAAGCUACUUCAAUUGGAUCUGCAACAUCACGUCAGACGAAACGAAUUGAUAGCACUACAACCCGCCGUUUGUAGUUUCUUUGCGGUGUUGAAAUUUGUCAUGACUUGGGUGUUGUGUACUCCCGACACUUUCAAAUGGACGACUUUCAUAUCUCUCUGCGCGAACGUUUGCGCCAUCUCCUGCUUGGCGGUGUAUUGCCGUCUGAGUAGGGGUGCAUGA